AAUAGCAAGGCUUGGCGCCUCUCCAUCCCAGCUAUCACUCUAUUCCCGGACGUAGUUCUACACCUUGCCCGCACAUACCACUCUUGUUUUCCGUAAAAAAAUGUGAUCGGUAGACCGAGAGUGUGGUAGGAUCAGCAAAUGUUGCCGUCGAAGGAUCAUUCCGUUCGUUCUCCUCGGUCUCGUCCACCGUGUUGACUGGCCUCGUGCCAGCAGAUGGAACCGUUCUGUGCGUUCUCAUUUGCUCUACUCUCUCGGCCGAUGGUUUUGCAACAAGUCUUUCCUACCAGUGUUAAAAUGUUACAAUGUUUUCAGUGAUAACCGUUUGUGCAUUCCAACUGUGUUGAAAAUGUAGUGACAGAUAAGUUAAAUACGUUCUCUAAUCGUUACUUAAUUAGUAUUGAUGAGGUUAGAAAAUGGUAAGGUGAUGAAACUAGUGUCCUGAUUUUGCAAUGGAGCCUUUACUAUUUAUUAAUGAGUGUAGAAAACGACUUAUGACUAAAUUGGUAUCUAAAAAUCAUUCAAAAGAAAUAACUGUCUUGCCAAUUGACACAUUUUAGCUACGUAAAAUUAGUUUAAUAUUUUCAAGAUUGAAAUGUAAAGACAAAUUGGUCAUAAAAAAUGGCAGGUAGGCCAGCAGACAUUGAGCAGGAAUGGUCGGUUCACGCCAAGUUGACAUUUUCACAUGGAGGAACACACUUGGAAGCCAACAUCCCUCCUGUAGCCCCGCGUCCCGCAGGUCAUCCGUGCUAUGGGUUCCAACGGGGAAACAUUGUGUUCACAACAAAACCUCCAGGCGACAACAGCAGUCUACCUGUCCGCAGGACGCCACAACCUUACGGACGCAGAUGUAUGAGUACUUGUAACAUAACACUGGACCCUGCGCAGCCGAGUGUCCCUGCACGAUGUCACCACACAGUGACCUUGUCCUGCGAACCACGCGACGAGUGCGAUGUGUGCAGUGGUGGACGACACAGCCCGUCGCGCCGCGCACACACGUUCACCUCACACUUCUGCACUCGAGUGCCUGACAAGACUAUGGGAACCAAGACUGUGGCUUCGCAGACUUCUCAAAUAUUCUCCCCACCUUUACUGGUGUCGGAUGAAGAAAAGAACAGGCUCAAGGUUCCAGGAGUUGAGACACCACCGGGAAAAACACAAAGGAAGCUGUCAAGAUCACCAGCAAGACUCAGAGGGAAGUCUCCUCUUAUGAACAAACAGAACAGCACAAGCGAUGGCAAGAAGAAACAACCACGCACUGUCCACAUAGAUGUCUACUGUACAGGAUCUGAAGCCAGUAGCUCGGAGUGUGAGGAGCUGUCAGAGUCAUCUAGACAGACAGUGUUUGAGUCUGAGGAUGUGAGGGUGGUGCACACCAGGGAGGAGGAGCGGCUGCCGCAAGCUUUGUGUAGACAGAAGCGACGUACGCUCAGUGAAGCGUCCAGUGCUCACAGCUGUCUGGGUGGCAUGGAGGCCAGUGAUACCAACAUCAGCUCCUUGUAUCCGUCACAACGUAGCUCCUUUGCAUCCGGAGUCAGCUUGCAGAGCACGGAUAGUCUGCAGACAGACAGCAGCCUUAUGACACGAGUCACCUCUAGUUGUGCACUGUUCAGCGACGAAAUCAUCACUUCGUGGAAAGAUACGAGUGACAUUGACUCCAUCCGUCAAAGUGACAUCAGUCUCGAUAGAACAGAUAGCUUUGAAUAUGCAGACAGUGUGGAUCGUCUAAGGAUCAUGGAGAAGGAGAGGGCUUGGGCGAACAAUCAAGAGAAAAAUUGGAGAUCAAACGAAGUGGAGAGGAAACAUAAUGUUCAGCAAAGGAGGUACCAACAGUACAUUGAGAGGAAAGGAUCUCCGUUCCCUCACUGGCAGGCGGACGAAGAUGAGGAUAGCAGUAUUAGCAGCUCUGAGGGUUCAAACUCAGAAGAGUCAGAGAUGGCGUGGAGCUUUGGAAACUUGGAUAAGUUUAAACCGAUCAAGAGAGAAGACACAGUGAGAAGAGCCAAGGACACAAUGUACCCUAAAAGAGAAGAGGAGUUGAAGAAACGAGCUAGUAAAAUACUCGAUUCUGGAAGCUUAAGCGAUUCAGCUGCUCCAUCUCCUGUACAGAAAGGCUUUAUGAGACAGACCAUCGGACCUUUUGGAGUCAAAGAAGCAUCACCUCCAAAACAAAAGCUGGAAUCUACUGUGACAACACCUUUUACUGCCAUACCGGGCAAGAAAACUGACCAGCUAUCAAAGGCUGAAAAAUUUGGUACAAUAUUAGGCACUUUACGGAAACCCGGGCAUCAUAUUGGGCCUUCCAAAAAUCCUGAUUGUUCUUGCUACAAUUGUCGUCAGUACUUUGAAGAGCUUGGAUAUCGGAAUAGAACGAGAUCUUUAGGGGAUAUGCCUAGCAAGAAGGAUAAAGAUAAAUGGAAAGCGACUUUAGAUACAUUGAAACAAAACAAGUUGAAAGAAGAUUCUGGCAGUGGAGAGUGGGAUAUGGGAACUGAAGUAUGAAGACUUAAAACACAUUUUUUUCAAAACAGCUUUACUAGCUUUUUUGUACACGUUCUUGAUAAAAGACUGCUACGUUUAAAAAGACUUAUUUUUUUAGAGACUUUAAAUAAAAUAUUAUUCUGGUAAGGUUUUGAUUACAAUGCUUAAUUUUUUUUACAACAUUAGCAAUAAUGAAGUAUAUUUUAAAGCUUUAUUUACUUAAUCAAAUUUUUUUCAUUUACUUUUGAAAAAUAGCUAUUUAAAUUUAAAUGGUUUAACUCUUGAAUAUUAACCUCAUGUCACCGUUUAAUGUAUCAGGAGUACAGAAAAACAUUUGUUGAUGAAUUUUUGCUGGUACUGUAUAUUUCUUCUUGUAUUGGUACUCUCUCAAAAAAUGAUCGAUCAAUUUUAUAAAGACAAGACACCAUUUCAGAAAACUGUAAACAGUGUAAACCAAUCACUCAUUUGUUACAAUUUGGUAACAUUAUUAUCACUCUAUUCUUACAUUUGCUAAACAGUAUUGUAUUUGUCCCUACCUAUCUCUGAGGUGUGUGUUUAAAAAAGUCACACUGAUUUCUGUAAAACUAAAUUUGUAUUGUAGUUUUGUCGUUUAAAGUCAUAAAAAUCUUUAAGAAAAGUGCCUAGACUAGUCACCCAUAAGCAUUUUUGUACUUUUAUAUUUUUUUGAAUUGCUCAAACCUAUAAAGUGCUCAAACAAGUUGUUAUACUCUAAAGAUUGUUGGUUGGCAUGUUUGAGAGUAUUAAUGUAAACAAGUCAAUAACAACCCUACACUACUCUUUAAUUAAAUUCUAUAUUAAAGCGUAAAUGGAUCUACCCUUGUACAUUUCUUCAAUUAUUAGUAAAUAAUAACUUGGAAUAUUUUUAAGUUUCAUUCUAUGCUAUUGCUUUUAUUACUCUUUUGUACUUUAAAGUAAACGUUGCUUAGUUAUGUAAAAUGUACAGUCACAAAUUACAGGAUUUUGGCACAUCAACUCAAAUCAAUAAUAGUUUGAUGACAUUAUUUAGUAGCCUAUCUUUACAAAUAACAGUUUAUAAUUGCACAUUUAUGAAUGUGGGGCGUUAGUGUGACAUAGUUAUUCUUGAGUUGAAAUUGAAAAUACUUAUUUGAAAGAAAACCAUAAAAUAAAAGACUAAAAUGUUCACUUUGUUUCAAAAAAUGUUUUAUGAGACUAUGAGAAAUUCCAUAUGAGAAAUUAUUAUUUUGUAUUUUGUCAGACAAUAAAAAUUAACUACAUUAAUCAUAUAACCAAGAAGCAAUCCUGUAUUCACUUAAAAAAAUAAAAAUUGAUUGUGAUUAAUCUUUUAUUGACAUUCCAAAAGGUAAAGCAGUUACAAACUUACACCUGCUUUUAAUAAUAGCACAUAUUCAAUGCAAAAUUUGAUACAAUAAUUCUGAAACAUGGUUCAAAGUGCUAUAUUGAACAAAGUUGAAUUCUUGCUAUAAUUUUCUACAAUGUGCUGGUUGUAAUUCAGUUUCACGUCUAAAAAGAUAAUUUCUGUCAAUGUUACCUUUAAUGUAAUGUUACCUUAUUACCUAUAAUAAUCUAUAAAUUUGCUUUGAAAGAAGAUAUAUUUUAUAUCUGAAAUCUUAUUUUGAUCUUAUUAUGUUUUUUAACUC